AUGGUGCCAGAAAAAAGUUACAUCAACCCAGGUGAUGAAGACCAAAUGGAAAUUAGUGGCUACAGAUUAAAUCGUAUCAAACAAGUUGUGAUAUGGAUAUUUAUAGUAUUAACUAUUGGACUUCUACGACUAGUAUUCUAUUGGUUACCACACUAUUUCUUACGUUGUACACAUGAUAAAUGUUCCCUGGCACAAGCUGAAUCAGUUAUUAUGAAGGUAAAGAAUAUUAACCAGUAUGAACAGUAUUUUGUGGCAAAAGUAGAAACCGCAACUAGAGAGGGAACCAGUUUUGUGAAAUAUCCAAAGAAAUACAUAUAUCCCAAUCAAACUUUUUCCUUUUUUUCUUUUAAGAUGAUUUCAGUAUAUGUGUACAAACUACUGUUGUUUUUUUUACAGAAAGAUGAGAAUCUGAUCCAUUAUUUUAUCAGUAAGAAAGUAAAGUAUAUAUGGGAUGGCAACUGUAAUGAAUUCCGAGCUCUCAAGGGCUUAGAAAGUGAUACCACAUGUGCCUAUUUACAUAAAAGUCAAGGUCUAAGCAUUUCUGAACAAUCAAAAAGGAGAAUAUUGUAUGGUGUUAACUCUAUAGCUGUUCAUGUUACACCCAUUGUUGUAUUGUUAUUCAAACAAGUAUUGUCUCCAUUUUAUAUAUUCCAAGCGUUUAGUAUGUGUUUAUGGUAUGCUGAUGAAUAUUACAUCUAUGCCACCUGUAUCGUUGUGAUCUCUGUAUUUUCUAUUGUUGUAACCAUUUAUCAAAUCAGAUCUAUGCAAAGAGCUUUACGCAACACCAUAUCUUCAACUACUGUUGUUACUGUUUGUAGAGGCAAUGAUGUCUAUGAAGAUAUACCGUCAGAGGACCUAGUACCAGGUGAUGUUAUAGAAAUACCACGUCAUGGCUGUAUGAUGCAGUGUGAUGCUGCUCUACUAGGUGGUAAUUGUAUUGUUAAUGAGAGUUCACUAACAGGUGAAAGUGUACCAAUAACUAAAACUCCUCUUCCAAAUCCCAUGACAGUACCAGGACAACCAGAAUUAAUGUUUGAUCUUUCUAACCAUUCACGUCAUGUUUUAUUCUCCGGAACACAAGUUAUUCAGACACGUUUCUAUGGUAAUCAAAAAGUUCGAGCUGUUGUUUUACGAACCGGUUUUAUUACAUCUAAAGGAAAUCUGGUUCGAGCUAUACUCUAUCCCAAACCUGUAGAUUUUAAAUUUAAUCGUGAUACCUAUAAAUUUAUUGGUGUGUUAGCCUGUAUUGCUGUAUUGGGUUUCAUAUAUACUAUCACUCUAAUGGUAAGGAAAAUUAAGUCCCGUCACAUCAUUGUAAGAGCAUUGGAUUUAGUGACUAUAGCUGUUCCUCCUGCUUUACCUGCAGCUCUGGCUGUGGGUGUGGUCUUUGCUCAACAGCGCCUUAAGAAAUCAGCCAUCUUUUGUAUCAGUCCUAGUAAUAUUAAUAUUAGUGGUGCUGUUAAUGCUGUUUGUUUUGAUAAGACUGGUACAUUAACAGAAGAUGGUCUAGAACUUCAGGGUGUUGUUCCUGUUAGUAAAAAGAGAUUUGAACCAGAAAUUCGAAACAUGAAUGAUUUAUCUAAAGGAGGAUUAUUAUAUGCUAUGGCAACAUGUCAUUCACUAACUAUUAUAGAUGGUGAAUUGAUGGGAGAUCCUCUAGAUUUGAUUAUGUUUGAUGCUAUCAAUUGGAAAUUAGAAGAACCAGGACAAGAAGAAACCAGAUUUGAUAUGAUGGUACCAACCAUUGUUCAUCCUUUCAAUUCUCCUGUCAUGCACCAGGGUUCCACAGAAAUGGUAAAUAAUGAUUCUAGUCUUAUCAAUCAUGAGUCUUGCAACUUAAGUCUUAAUAAUUUGUGUGUUGAUUUUUCUUUUCUAAUAAGCAAGUUUGUCUCCUUGAGUUGUGAAUUUGGAUUACAAGGAGAAGAUAUUGGUAUAGUUAGACAGUUUCCCUUCUCAUCCAGUCUACAGAGAAUGUCUGUUAUUGUGAGAACAUUAAACUCCAGUAACUUUGAUCUGUAUGUAAAGGGUUCACCAGAAAUGAUCUCUCAGUUAUCUCAACUGGAUUCAUUACCAGAUGAUUUUCAUGAAGUUCUAACUCAGUAUACACAGUAUGGUUAUAGAGUUAUUGCUGUUGCCUGGAAACCGUUACCUGCUAAAUUAAACUAUGUCAAAGUUCAAAGAAUAGCAAGAGAUCAAGUAGAAAGAGAGUUAAUAUUUUUAGGAUUAUUGAUAAUGGAGAACAAAAUAAAACCGGAAACAUCACCAGUCAUAAAUAAUUUACAACAAGCUGAUAUUAGAACUAUCAUGGUUACAGGAGAUAAUAUGUUAACAGCUCUAUGUGUAGCUAGAGAUUGUGGAAUGGUAGACAAAGGAGAUAGAAUAAUUCUAGUCCAAGCGUAUCCACCAACAGAACUGAAAGCUGAAGAAAUAGAGUUUGUGUAUGCAGGAGACAGUCAGAAGAAAGUUGAAGAGGUUAUAACUAGUCAAGUAAAUAUAAAUCUAUCUUAUCAAGCAUGUAUCAAAGGAACUGUGAUAGAAAUAGAUGAAGACAAUAAGCGCUUCCAUUUUGCUCUUACUGGUAAAUCUUGGGCAGUAUUACGUCAGUAUUUUCCUGAUCAACUUUUAAAGAUCUUAGUGAGAGGAACUGUGUUUGCAAGAAUGGCUCCAGAUCAGAAAGCACAGUUAGUUGAGGGUUUACAAGCUCUUGGGUAUUAUGUUGGUAUGUGUGGGGAUGGAGCUAAUGACUGUGGUGCCUUAAAAACUGCCCAUACUGGUAUAUCUCUAUCAGAGGCUGAGGCUUCUGUUGCCUCUCCUUUUACUUCCAAAAAACCAACCAUUGAAUGUGUUCCAAAAGUCAUAAGUGAAGGAAGAUGUGCCUUAGUGACAUCAUUUGGUAUAUUUAAGUAUAUGGCUAGUUAUAGUUUAGCUCAGCUAGUGUCUGUAUUAAUUCUAUAUUGGAAUGGUGCUAAUUUAACAGAUCCUGCAUUUUUAUACGUAGAUUUAUUUUUGAUAACUUCUCUUUCUGUUACUUUUGGUUAUACUGAACCAUAUAAAGAGUUAGUAAAAGAUCUCCCAUUGUCCUCUUUAAUUAGUCCUGGUCCUAUUUUAUCAUUGAUCACACAGACUAUAAUACAUACUUCUUUCCAAACUGCUGCUUAUUUCUAUGUUCAACAACAAGAAUGGUAUGUCCUGUUUGAACCAUUUAAAGAAAAUGAAGAUGAUGAUUAUAGUAGCCAUGAGAAUUCUGCCGUGUUUUUGAUCUCAGCAUAUCAGUACAUUAUUUUAGCUAUUAUUUAUUCUAAAGGAAAACCAUUCAGAAAAACUAUUUUCUCGAAUUGUAAGUUCAAUUUUAAGUUUUUGAAUAUUUUUUGGUUUGUCGAUCCAUCCACAUUAUUUUCAAAAUGCCAUUUGAAAACCUUUUUUCAAUUUAUUAAACAGUUUCCAGUAAUAGAUUAUAGGUUGAUAUUUGUUGGUUUGGCUGUGGCCAACUUUGUGAUUUCCCUUGUUUUUGAGAUGUUCAUAGUUGAUAAUUUAGUUGUCAUCAAAAAGUGUAAAGCUCAAUGUUCAUGCUGUAAACAUGAUGACUAUGAAUAUACACAUAUUGAAAAAGAACUGAAAGAAGAUCCAUCAUGGCCGCCAUUAGAUCAAUCUGGACUUGGAUUAGCUCAGUAUAUACAGAGAUUAGAAAGCACAAAUCAGGUAAUACUAAAUUAA